CGCUUUGAGUCUAGCCAUGAAUAGAUCCUCUACAAGUAUUUGCCUUGUGGCUUUGGUCAGCUUGGUGCUGGGCAGUGUGUUUGUGGCCUCCGUAUCCGCCGGCAACGAUUACCUGUGGGGCGAAAUAGGACCAAACGAUUAUAAGUUGGCCAAAGAUACGGUUAAGAAGGCCUUUGUGCUUGGUCUGGUGCAGUCAAAGAAAUAUGUGUUUAAACAAUCCAACAAUUUAGAUGCUCUGACCAUCACAGCCAUCCGGGUUACGGAUAAGAAAAGCAGCGAUGGUGCCACGGCUCAGCUCACCAGUGGGGGUCCCGGAUCGAAGGGGGCGACCAUAACCUUCAAAUCACAGCGUGGUAAAGGCAUUAAGGAUGUUGUCGAGAUUUGGGGUCGUUAAGCAGUUGUUCUCGAUCGGUAAAUAAAGAUGAGAAACCAAUCAA